AUGGACCGACAAAAUACAGCCUGCUUUGUCGUGGCGAUUCUCGCAUUGUCCGCUCAAACCAUCGACUCUGCGCUAUAUGACAUCUCCAUCGAUUCCUUCGAGCCGUACUCGGGAACUGAUCCGAGCUUCAUAGACUACGGAACAUUGCGGGUGUCCAAGAAAAGCCGAAAUCUCUUCGUCAUAGAUGGGCAAUUCGAGUUCUUUGAAAACAUGGACGAUGAUACCCGGUGCGUCUUUCAAAUCAACCUGGGAGACAACUCCCAACCCGUGAUGUCGGGAAACUCGGGUUUUUGCGAAGCAAUGGAUGUCGAUGGGAAGGUGAUGGAGACACUGCGGCAGCUGUCCAACCUGCCCGGCAAAGGCGAUUGUCCAUUUCCAAAGGGAAAGUACCACAUCGAUAAGUAUGAACUGAAUCAGAGCCAACUGCCACCGAUGGUUCCCCCGGGCAAGUACACCCUCGAAGUACAAAUGGUGCAGAAUGAUAAGAUCAAAGGAGGCUAUAAAUUGCGAGUUACUAUUAAGUAG